GUUUGGAAAUUGUUUAUGUUUUAGCUUUUUAGGUAGCCAGCGGAUUUGUACGAUACUUAUACUGUACUUGUUUCUUCUUCUCUCUUAGUGUCUUAUGCUCAUUUAUUUGCACAUUCCUUGGAGAGAAUCUUCUUUAUACUUUCGUAAUAUCAGUGCCGCGCUGUAAAUUUUCACAGAUGCAGAAGAUCUUUUGGUCCCCACACACACCACGCAACAGCAACGUUUCAUCCUUUUGGAAGAAUAACUUCCCAGAUGCAAAUAUCCGUAUAAUAUCGGCCAUAUCCGACAAUCCGACAUCGCCCACGGGUCCUUAACUGCCAGACCCAGAAAUGGCGCUGAUUAACAGCCUGAAGCAUUCGCUGUUCAGCGGAGAGCUGAGUGACGUGCAGUUCAUGGUCGGACGGCAGUUUGGAGAAGCGAAGCCUUUCUCAGCACACAAAUAUGUUCUGUCUUUGCGUAGUCCCGUGUUUCGUGCCAUGCUCUAUGGAACAUUGGCCGAGAGUGCAGAAAAGACGAUCGAUAUUCCUGAUGAUGUUCCUGAUGCCUUCUCCAGUAUGCUAAAUUACCUGUAUACGGACUCAAUAGAGGAUUUGACUGUGGACAACGUCUGUGCGACGUGGAUGUGCGCGGAUAAAUACGAUCUGCCGCUCUUGGUGGACAUCUGUUGCGACUACGUCACCGACCAGCUCAGCGUCGAUAAUUGCCUCACAAUUUUGGAGGAUGGAAUUCAGCGGCAUGCAGAAGGGAUUAUCAAGCGUUGCCUGCAUUUUAUUGACGGAUUCGCGGAACGCGUACUGCGGUCCGAACAUUUUUCGACUAUCGGGCACAAGGCGCUGGUGAUGAUUUUGGGCAGUGACACACUGUUUGCCGUCGAGCAAAACAUCUACUUGGCUGUUGAAAAGUGGGCGCAGGAGGCUUGCAAGGCUAAAAGCAUGGAUUCAUCCGGCGCCAGUCGACGACAGAUGCUGGGUGAAGCGUUAUUUCUCGUGCGGUUCCCUCUUCUCAGUAAUGCGCAACUGGCGGAUGGGCCGGCCAAGAGUGGUCUAUUGCUGCCAUCCGAACUGCACGAUCUGUAUCAGUACCAGUCCACCCAGGUGAAAUCGCCCUCGCUGCCCUUCUCCACGGAACAGCGCCGCGCGCCCUCCUUCCGCAUCGGCAACACCGUGCUGCAGUAUAAAGAAAAAGUCUUUGUCCAGCGUAGCGACUGCCCCGAUAUCUGGUGUGCUGGAGAAGUGGUGGGAGCCACACGCAGGGCGUUCCGCUGCAAGUGGUAUGACACGUAUGCCCGGUAUGGCCCCUUCGGCGGCGGAUCAGGGGAAGACAGCUUUGUCAGCGAAAAGAUCCUGCGAGCUGCUGAAUUCAUGAUACGCGGCCAAGAGAUGCUGGUCCGCAAAGAAUAUACGUAUACUCCAGUUUUAUAUUCACGGCCGACGGCACAGGCCGAUUAUCACGUUGUCCAGUACUGGGGAAGCCUGUGGUCUUUCCAUUUUCACGAUCUAGCGGUGGCGGAUGACAUAGUUACAAUGUUUAGGGCUACGGGUUCAGUUUGUCGUAGCAAGUGUUAUAAAUAAUUGCACCAGAUGAUUUAACAGUGAAUCGGACCAAUUUUUACCGCUUAAUUUUUGUGAUGUACGAUUAUUGUACUUACAUGACAUGU